GGCGGCGUGGGCCCCGGCGGCUGCCGUACUGCGGCCCGGCCGCGCUGGCGGGCUGGCUGUGCCGCGCCGGCACCCGUCGCUGCAGGGGUGUGUGGGAAGGAGAGAUGAUGGCGGCGGAGCCGAGCAAGACGGAGAUCCAGACUCUCUUCAAGCGGCUGCGGGCGGCGCCGGCCAACAAGUCGUGCUUCGACUGCGGCGCCAAGAACCCGAGCUGGGCCAGCGUUACCUACGGCGUGUUCCUGUGCAUCGACUGCUCGGGCGCGCACCGGUCCCUGGGCGUGCACCUCAGCUUCAUCCGGUCCACAGAGUUGGAUUCGAACUGGAACUGGUUCCAGCUGAGGUGUAUGCAAGUGGGCAGCAAUGCCAACGCGACGGCUUUCUUCCGCCAGCACGGCUGCACCACCACAGAUGCCACGGCCAAGUACAACAGCCGAGCCGCCCGCUUGUACCGCGAGAAGAUCCGGCAGCUGGCGAGCGCUGCCAUGGCCAAGUACGGCACCGACCUGCUUAUAGAUGGACUGAGUGGAGCCCCUGGGCACUCCCCUGACAAGAGCGAUGCUGAUUUCUUCCUGGAGCACACACAGUCUUCCAGUACCUGGGAUGUAGCAGAUGCCAGCCAGAAUCCUGCACAGUCUUCCCCAGAGGUGGAAAAAGCAGCAAAGCCAUCAGAAGGGAGCGAAGUACCGAGUUCCAGCCAGGGCCCCUCUACUGAUUUGUUGAGCACAUCUCCUAAAGCUCCUCUAGACACGUCCAUGUAUCUGUCAACGCCAGGGCCUGCUCCUGCCAGAGAACUUAAAUCCUCCCUCAUUGGAAAGAAGAAGCCAGGAGCUGCCAAGAAAGGGUUGGGUGCAAAAAAAGGUCUUGGAGCCCAGAAGGUGAGCAGCCAGAGCUUCAGUGAGAUUGAGCGGCAAGCCCAGGUGGCAGAGCAGCUGAGGGAGCAGCAGGCAGUGGAGUCCAGGAAACAAGCUGAGGAGUCCAUAGUGACCUCAAUGCGACUGGCGUACCAGGAACUGCAGCUCGACCGGAAGAAGGAAGAGAAGAAACUUCAGAACCUUGAAGGGAAGAAGCGUGAACAAGCAGAGAGGCUGGGCAUGGGCUUGGUGUCCAGAAGUUCUGUUUCACACUCAGUGAUGUCAGAGAUGCAAGUCAUCGAGCAGGAGACGCCGCUGGCUGCAAAGUCUGCCCGCUCUCAGUUGGAUUUGUUUGAAGAUGCUGGAGGCUUCACAUCUGGACCCCCCAAGUACAAAUAUAAUCCCUUCUCAUUCGAAGAUACAUUUGGCUCACGAUGGGAAUCGGACUCUUCUUGGGGUAUGGACAAAGAGGAUGAACCUGAGGUGACCAUUUCCAGUAUUCGGCCAGUUUCAGAGAGACCCACCAGUAGGCGGGAGGCAGAGCCCAGGACGACUGUUGUGGAAUCCAACGAAGCCCGGCAGAAGUUUGCAGGGGCUAAAGCCAUCUCUUCAGAUAUGUUCUUCGGGCGGGAGGCGGACGCUGAGUAUGAGGCCAGAUCCCGACUGCAGCAGCUCUCGGGUAGCAGUGCCAUCAGCUCUGCAGAUCUGUUUGGAGAGGCUGAGAACAUGCACUCAGGUGGUGUGUCAAUUGGAAACGUCCUGCCUGCAGCUGACAUUGCACAGUUCAAGCAAGGAGUGAAGUCAGUCGCUGGCAAGAUGGCUGUCCUAGCCAACGGGGUGAUGAACUCCCUCCAGGAUCGUUACGGCUCAUAUUGAUGACCCAGGGACUGCAACUGAGAGGGAAGCCAGCAAGAGGCACUGAUGCCACCUUUGCCUGGAAUGAACUGCAGGAUUGUCUUAGUUUGCCUGGGGUGGGUGGGGAGGGGAUCAGGAUAUGGCUGUGCCCAGGAUGCUUUCCAAAUAUCUCUGGAUUCCACUUUAUUAAAAUUCAAUGUGCCCUCAUACCCACUGCUAUCUACUAGCCAGUGGAGACAGGCCUUCUUACAGGUUAACAUCACUGCUGUGAAAGGUACAACGGGAGCUCCUUGGGGUGCCCGCAGCAGUGCUCCUGUCCUUGGCCCACACCUUAGCUCACCCAGUGACAGAGGUUACCUGGUUCCCAUGGACAUGAUGUUUUUGUUGUGCUCAGUACUCUCAAGCCAUGGUGCCAUCAGUCCUCUGGAUCUGCAGGCUCUGACCUGUACCAUGCAAUGAUCCUUUUUACUGUCUUGUAAAUGAGCAUAUAGUGAUGCGGGAGGAAAAAAAUAUGCAAAGCAAAGAUUAUUUUUUUAGCUUCUAAUUACAUCAUCAGCAAAAUUGGCCCAGGUAAAGAAGUAAAGAUAUUUACUGCA